UGCAGCCAGCAGGACACACAGCAGCAGAGAAGUUUGGAGGCAGAUUAUCGCCACAUAUUGUCCUCACUGCUGAAGAGAAAUAAUCCUAAUCUCAAGUAUUCAGAGGGAUAUUUCAAAAUGGGAAUGGAGUUUUUUCACCAAACAAAUCCAUGGAGUAUUAUUUUGACAGCUUCUGGGAUUGAACUGUUUUAAGACCAUUUAACAUUUCUGUGUAAUCACAAAACUUUUUUAUACUCUCACAUUAUGGACCUCUCAGGCUCUUUGCCACCACCGUCCCCAUACACCUUCCCUAUUAUCCCCAACGUCUCUGCUCCGUCCUCCCCUCCCUCCAUCUCUCCUUCACCUAGCUUGGCGUCUACAGCUCUCUUCUGCUCCCUCCUCUCCCUCCUCUCCCUGAUGGGCAUCACAGGAAACCUGUACACUAUGGGCCUCCUCCUGAGGCGCAGGAGGAGUAGGAGAAGACGUGGAGCGGGACCAAACUGCUGCCUAAUGAGAGUGCCUGUACCGUCCUGCCUGGCCAACUCCACCUCGCCUUCCUCCUCCCCUUUCUCCUCCUCCUCCCCCUCCUCCUCUCUUCACCUCCAGGUGCUGAGCCUCGCUCUUGCUGAUCUGCUCUACCUUUUCACCGCCCCCUUCAUCGUGUACGACAGUCUGGCGUCCGGGUGGGCCUUUGGCGAGCCGGGCUGCCGUCUCCUCCUGAGCCUCGACCUCCUCACCAUGCACGCCUCCAUCUUCACUCUAACCGCCAUGAGUCUGGACCGCUACCGGGCUGUGGCCCAUCCCCUGCACACCUCCUCCUCCAACUCCUCUGGCCUGCUGCGCGUAGGCCUGGCCUGGGGGCUGGCUGUGGCUCUCAGUCUGCCGAUGAUGAUCACGCUGCACCUGGAGGACGGGGAGAACCAGGAGGGCCAGCUGUGCGUGCCGGCGUGGGACGAGCAGAGCUCCAUGGCCUAUAUGAGCGUGCUCUUUUGCACCAGCAUCCUCGGGCCUGGGCUGGCCAUCGGAGCACUUUACGCCACUCUAGGCCGGCUGUACUGGGUGUCUCAGACCAGGCCGGCCUGGGCCAGUGGGAGCAGCACUGCUUGUCCUCCCCGUGCCCCCAAACCCAAAGUCCUGCUCCUCAUCCUGGGUAUCGUCCUGGCCUUCUGGGCCUGCUUCCUCCCCUUCUGGAUCUGGCAGCUGCUGCCGCUCUACCAGCCCGACAUGCUGCGGACAGUACCGGUGGGGACACAGGUGACAGUGAAUCGUAUCCUCACAGGGCUGACGUACGGAAACUCCUGUGUGAAUCCAUUCUUCUACACACUAUUGACUGGGAAACGAAGACGCAACCGGCAGACGCUGACCUCAGCAAAUCAGCUCUGCCGUAAGAGCAGUCCAAUGCAGUAGUGUGUGUGUGUGUGUGUGCGUGUCUAACAGUAGAGACAAUAAUGUGAGUGUGUACAUACUGUACAUGUGUGACAAGGUACUGAAUGCUUUAUGAGUUCCAUAACAGACACCAAAGACCAUUGAUUUAUCCUACAAACUAAAGACACACAACAAUACUAAGCAAAUGAGAGCACUUUGUAUAAAUGCUUUGUAAACUUGCUGUUAGGAGACAAUCAAAAAGACAAUCUCUGUAAGAUGUGUCACUGAAUUAAUGCUUUAUCUGAAAACCUUUUCCAAACUUUGGUGGUCAUAUCAAAUAAUGCCAUGUAUCCUCAUACAACAGUUUAUAUGAUAUCUUACGAAAAGUUAUUCCUAAUUUUUUGUGCGUUUUCCUGCGAAUGUC